AUGCGAUUGGUCAAUUUUUUUUUCAUUCGAGAUCUCGGACCGAUUUCUAAAGCCUUGUGUCCUCGAUGCUAAAAAUCGGUCCGAAACUUCGAAUGAAGAAAGAAUUGACCAAAGAAUGGUGACGUUUGUUAAUUUUUUCUCUACCGAGAUGGACACGAGUCUUUACAAAACUGUUGCGUUCUACAAAACGCAUUCAUAUAUUCGGAUGUUGAAAAGAGUUAAGACGUAAAAAAUAUAAGCACUGCAAGCAAUGUGAUAGAUCUGUACCAACGACAUAUAUAUAUAUAUAUAUAGACCAAACAUUCUGCUCGUAGCUUGAAGGAAAUUGACGGUUUAUAUAGCGUUUAAAACCGUGAUGUCUCUUUCUACUUUGAUGAGAGAACAGUAUGAUAGAGUGAAAUAGCACGGGUCCUAAAACGCCACAUAAACUAUCAAUUUCCGGCUUCAACCCCACUGAAAAGCAUGAGAAUGCUUCAUCUAUAUAUAUAUGCGAUGAUAUAUAUAUAUAUAAAACCAACGUCGAUUAAUCUUAAUCAGAAUUGAUUAACAACCAUAAUUGGUCAAUUCCACUAAACAGUAAAUGCGAUUGGUCAGUUAACAGUCGAUUAAGUAACUGACGUUGGUGAAAUUCUUUAAGUUCUUGACAGUUGGCAUCUCUGCAUUCGACCAUGAUCGCGUUGCCCUCAUACGGCGCUUUCGCAAAUUAAUCCGGAAUAGCUUGAAAAAUCAUACACAUUUCUCUUUAUUCUUUCAGGAAUCAGGAAUUAAGUUAAACAUCAAUAACUGAUGAUAAUUCAAAAUUAUCAAGAUCUAUCAAAAAUACUGAUUACAUCGUGACCAAAAUUCAACUUGUUGAAUUAUUUCGUGAACGUUACUAGUCGUGCCACAAUUGAUGCUCUGACGGGAACAUCGGUGACGAAUUAAGAGAAAAAACGCUGAGUCAAUCGACAUAAGUCGUUUGUUAAAAGAUAGUGAUCUCGAAUCUCAUCAGCAAAGGAAAGCUAAAGACACGCUAAUUGAGAUGGCAACUAAGGAUCUUAAAGACGACACCGCCACCGCUACUUCAACUGGCAAACUCUUCACGCGGGCAGAAGUGGAGAAGCAUACUGAAACUUCCAAAGAUACAUGGAUCAUCAUUCAUAAUAAUGUCUACAAUGUCACCUCGUUUCUCAAUGAGCAUCCUGGUGGUGAGGAGGUACUCCUGGAACAAAACGGACAAGAUGCUACAGAAGCUUUCGAAGAUAUUGGACAUUCAACUGAUGCUAGGCAAAUGAUGGAAUCAUAUAAAAUUGGAGAGUUGGUAGAAGUAGAUAGAACAGAUGAUUCUGAAAAGAAAACAAGGGACUGGUCUAAUGGAAAUGAAGACAGCUCUAGUUCUUGGUGGUCCUGGUUGAUUCCAAUUGCCCUUGGGGUGCUUGCCACCAUCGUCUAUCGCAACUUUAUCAGCGCAUAUUAAAACAUUCCGCCUUUUUUUCAUGUUAUUUACUUGUUAACAACUAUAUAUAUGUAUACAUAUGUAUUGAUAAACAAUUGUUGUACAAUUUUUCCGAAUGUAUGUCGCGUAUUGUUGUUUUCUAUGAACCAAAUAAUGCAUUUUCUGGCCUAGGAUCUUUUCACGAGAAAGGAAGAUAGAGAGGAAACGGCCGAUAAUAUGUACUAUAUAAUGAUACAUAAUACAAAUAACGCACAUUUAUAUAUUUAUAUGUAUACAUUUGUACACAUAGUAUAUAUAUGCAUAUGUACAUGUAGCGUUCAUACGCGACGUUUUCCAAAUUGACGAAAUAAAUUAAUUUAAUUCCUUAGAAAGCAGGAUUCCCACGGAAUAAAGAAGUAAACCUGGUCCUUAAAUCCUUAAAAAUGAGAAAAAGACUACUACAAGAAGACAAUAACUAAUAGAAGUAAUUCGAUCAUCGAUCAAAACAUAUGAAACGAGUGAUCAUAUUUGUUAAUAUUAUUUAUAUAUUAUAGCAGAUCAAUCAAGAAGACUGCAUCGACUGCACUGAUGAAGAGAUAAAAUAGCUGCAUUUAAAAUAAUUUUUAAAAUAUUUUUUAUAAUGAGUAUAAUGAAUUUGUAAUCACAUUUAUUAUCUUUUCUACAAUUUACCAAUAAAAACAUAAUAGAUUUCUAAAAAAUUUCUUUUAAAUAAUAAUGCAUAUAAAUCGCAAAAUUCAAACAUGUACAAACAAUAAUAAUGCUAUAUAAAAUUUAAGAAUUUUAAUACUUGUGAUGAUUUUAAUUUAGAUCGAUUCUGAGAUUUAAUAUUCUAAGAUUAAGAUUAGUAUUCACAAUCGCUUUUUAUAUUUAUAAUUAACUCAAGUGCAGUCUUGACACGUCAUAAAUCAAUCACCAUGAUAAAAACAUUACUUAAGAAUGUCGACUGUAAAUAUCAGCCUAAAUAUUUAUUAAAACUAUUCGACUGCACAACAUUCUUAAAUAAAUGCAUUGUACUGUAUACAGAAAAAAUAAUUUUGUUAUUUAUUAAAAAAUUUAGUUAGAUAACAUCUGAAAAAGUAUAUAUUUAGUGGAUCAUUAAAAUAAUUAUUCAGUCAAAAAUUCAAGCAUGAUAUUGCGUAAUACUGCAAAAAAUUUUAUUCUCAUAACCAACUCGACCAUUUUACAUAAUUACUUUAAAUUAAUAUUAAUAAUCCGACAAAAUAAUAUUUAAAUCUAUAUUUAGCCAAAUUUUUUAAUGCUUCAACAACUAUUCUUUCUGUAUAUAAGAAAAUGAAUAUAUCAACAUCAAAAUUGUUAAUUUUUUUUUAGUAUAUAAUAUAAUAGAUUUAUAUUAUCAUAUAGUAUAUUUAUACAUUGAUAAAUAAAGAUUCUGUUGCAAAGGU